CAGGGACAGCUUCAGCCUACGUCCGUGAAUACCCUUUCACUCGGUUAUAGCAGGCAUUGGCGAUAACAGACAGCCUGCUCUCCUCUCUAGUCCUUUACGAUGGUUUACUCUAUUUUUUAGUUCAGGAUCUGUAUGCACAGUGGAGGAACAGCUCCAUAUAUUCGUACCCUCGACACUGCAUUGAGACAAAGGGAGCUGUACCCAGCGUAGCAGGUGUCAUUAUCGACUGAGAAGGAGGACCCACACACAAAUGUGUUUCAAAUUGAUGUGCAUAACACGCACGACAAUACACAAAUUCCAAGACAUGCUCUCUCUGGCGUCAGUGAGAGAGCUACCGUCCAUUGAUGUUUGUGACGACCUAUGGACAAUCUUCAUUUGCCCCACCCUACCCUAUACCCCACUCCACCUACUGUCACGAACACACCAGCGAAGACAUCGCUCGUAUCGCACUGUUAGAGGUGAGCUGAGUGGCCGUACAAGACAGGACCACGGUUUGAACCCGGUAACAAAGUCAAGUGCUCUGCAGAUGGGCGGCAUAAGAUGCAGGAACAGAAGUGUGGUGCACUGUGGCCUCAUAGUGACAAUAUUUCUCAUCCAAAUUGUGGGGAAAACGUCCCCUAAGGCACAGUACCCUGUCCCCGGGGGGCAGAUUCCUGCUUACGACGGCCAGUACCCGAAUCCAGGGGUAGACACGGCACAGGGCGGAUAUCCGGGUGAGAGGAGUGACGGGAGCCGGCGGCAGGAGGGCCCCGUGUCGCGGAUAUCCGGACAGGACCUGCGGUCCCUGCUGCAGAGGGUGGACGUGAUGUUGUCCAACCAAUGCACGAAGAACGUGGCGGCACAAUGGCAGUUCGAGACGGACGUGAACCCGGGCACCCAGCAAGCAGCUCUCCUGGCCCAGUUGGAAUACGCCGACUACCAGAGGGCAGUGUGGGGGGUCCUGAACAAGGUGUCACGAGACCAACAGCAGGACGGCCCCAUCUGGAGGCAGGUCCAGUUCUUGUCUGUGAUAGGGCCCGCAGCCCUGCCACCUGAGCUUCUGGACAGGUACAACAAACUGAUCAGCGACAUGCUGUCCGUGUACAAUGGCGCCACCACGUGUGCGUACAACGAACCUUUCAAGUGCGGUCUGCGCAUCGAACCCGAGCUGAGUGUGGUCAUGGGCCGGAGCAGAGACUGGGACGAACUGCAGUACUCCUGGAUAGAAUGGCGCCGUCUAACCGGCCAGAAGAUGCGCGACCUCUUCGAGCAAGUGGUUGAACUCAGCAACCAAGCGGCGCAACUCAACCACUUCAAGAACGCCGCCGAGUACUGGCUGUUCCCGUAUGAGUCGCCGACGUUUCGGUACGAACUGGAAGGCGUCUGGGAUGAAGUCCGUCCGCUGUAUGAGCAGCUGCAUGCUUACGUCAGGCGGAAGCUUCGAGACUUGUACGGCCCUGACAAACUGAGCCGGAAGGCUCCGUUACCUGCCCAUAUUCUGGGCGACAUGUGGGGCCAGUCCUGGAGCAAUAUACUGGACGUGACUAUACCGUACCCUGGCAAGAACUUCCUUGACGUCACCACCGAGAUGGUGGAGCAGGGUUACACUCCGCUGGCGAUGUUCCGUCUCGCUGAGGAGUUCUACCUGUCUCUCAACAUGAGCCUCUUACCGCCUGAGUUCUGGAGCGGCUCCGUAAUUGAGGAACUGCCGGACAGGGUAGUGAUCUGCCAGCCUUCCGCCUGGGACUUCUGCAACCGACGCGACUACAGGAUCAAGAUGUGCACGCAGGUCACCAUGAAGGACUUUGUCACGGUGCACCAUGAGAUGGCCCACUUGCAGUACUUCCUGGAGUACAGGCAGCAGCCCAAAGUGUUCCGGGACGGCGCCAAUCCCGGCUUCCACGAAGCAGUGGGCGAAGCCGUGGCGCUCUCCAUAGCAACGCCUCGACACCUGCAGGACCUUGGCCUGGUACAGGGCUCAGUCGAUGACGUUCCCCACAACAUAAACUCGCUCUUCUCCCUCGCCCUGGACAAGCUGCCCUUCCUACCCUUCAGUUUAGUCAUGGACGAGUGGCGAUGGGACAUAUUCGAGGGAACCAUUACUUCGGACGAGUACAACUGUCAUUGGUGGAGGCUCAGGGAGAAGUUCUCGGGUAUAAAACCGCCAGUUUUACGAUCGGAAAUAGAUUUUGACCCCGGAUCAAAGUACCACAUCGCGGCGAACAUACCCUACAUACGGCACUUUGUGGGCACCGUGCUACAGUUCCAGCUGCACAGCGCGCUGUGCAAGGCAGCGGGCCAGUUCGACCCAGAGCAGCCAUACACCAAACCGCUCUUCAAGUGCGACAUCUAUCGCAGCAAGGAAGCUGGGAGACUACUGAAAAAUAUGAUGAGGUUGGGUUCGUCCGUUCCAUGGACAGAGGCGCUGUAUGCGGCUACAGGAGAAACUAAACUGAACGGAAGUCACGUCAGAGAGUAUUUCCGCCCUCUAGAGGAUUGGCUACGCAAUGAAAACCUGAGGACUAACGAAUAUGUUGGCUGGACGUACGACGGUGACUACUGUAAACAGAGCAUCGAGACGGCCGGGCUGGAGGUUUAUGGCGGAUAUUACAACAGUGCGACAGUUCUCGGCACCUCCACGGCAGCGCUGGCAGCAACGCUUGCUGUCAUACUGCGCCAUCUCGUCCUCUGACAAUCACAUUAUCAAUAGCGAGUAGGAACUUCAAAUCUUCACAGAAGAGAAAAAAAUAGAACUUUCUUUAGAAUAGAUUUACAAGUAUAUAGAGAACUGAACCGCGCGUAAAACAGUAUGUGUUAUGCUGUACUUGGCAACAACGAAUUAUUUAAUUAUUUUCAUUCAUUACCAUUUAUGACUCAUCAUUAUUAUAUGAUACUUGAGCAAGCAUGUGACGCAGUGUGGUCUGGUAGAGAGACAACAGAAUUUGAGAGGAACUUUCUA